AUGAACGAAUACCUCGAAAAUUGCGAGUCGAUCGAAACAAACGACGAUGAAGGAUUCAAAGAGAAGACGAGAAUAGCAGAAGUCGCAGCAGCCACUUUGUGCAGGCUGAACAGCAUAAUGAAGCAGAUGAAAGACUGGCGUGACGAUCGCAUGAAACUGAGAUCCAACAUUUGGCGACUGAAACUGGCCUUGCGCGUCGCUGGAAGAGAAACUGACGAUACCUUGCACGCUGACCCCUUGAUCGAGCACCAGAGAGCAGAGAUCAAACGACUAGAGACAGCCAAUAAGGAAUUAAAGAAAGAGAUCGCGAACAUCAAGUCAGCUCUGCUCAAUGAUGGCUACGUUACCGAGGAAGUCACUUGGAAAUCAAACGACAAGCUCGUAGAGGUUAAACAGGGAUAUUUAAUAGAGAGAGAACGUUUGAACAACGAGAUUCAGUACCUGAAAAGUCGGCUGAGCGAAGUCGAAGAGGGUCACGAACACAGUUCGGAAGUGGAGCACUUAAAAUGCAAGCUGAAACACUUCAUGAUGGUCGACUAUACUAUGGAGAUUAUAUUCACCGAUAUAGUUAACAAAGUCGCUGAGACAAUAGCGAAUUUGUCGGAGGAACUGGUUAACGUGAAUGAACGUUUGCACAGAUCGCGAAUGAAGAACGAUAGCUUGUACGUCGAGAUCGAUAAACUGAAGGCUACAUUGCGGUUCAAGAGUGGCAACCUCGUGGAUUAUCAGAAGAGGAUCGCCGAACUAGACAAUCUGACGAAACAUUUGAAAAUGGAACUAAAGAUAGUCAAGAUCAAUUACGGCGACAACUGGGGUAGCGAUUCAAAUUUUCAGAACAGUCUUAAGAACUUCGAAAGAUUGGUGCAGGAUUUGAGGAACAAACUGAAGAACGACCACGAAGCUCUCCUUGCUGGUGGUGAUCCAGAUUGCUUGAAGUACAUCCAGAAGAUCAUCGAGCUGCGUAUCAAUCUUAAACAGCUGCACGUUGAACUGGCCAAGCUCACCGACGAUGUCCAUUUCUCGUGUCCUGAAAAGAUAACAGAAUGUAACAGGUAUCUGAAACAGCUUUCGACCUUGGACUCUACGUUGAAGGAGAUCAACGACGAGAUCGACAAGUUGAAGAACAAUCACGUGAAGAAGCAUUACGGAAUCGACUGCACCGGGGGUCUGGAGUACUUGAAUAAAAUAGAAGAGCUCGAGACGAUGAUCGAGAAGGCGAGAUCGACGAUGAAUGGACUGAAUCGUCGCGCUGAAGGGAAAUCAAACGGGUCGAAGGACAUCGAAGAAUUGGAAGAUUUCGUAGGUAGAGUGUGUCACGAGAUCAAGCAGCUGGAAGUGAUCGUAGUGUCCAACGAUCGUUCGAGUGGGUUCAAGAGGAUCGAGCAGUUGGAGGACUCGAUCGUGCAAUUAAAAACGGAGCUAAACGAGAAGGACGAACACGUGAACGUUCUUAACCAGAAACUGUGCGACACGGAGAACCUGAUGGAACACAGGAUGAAGGAGCUGGAGGAUGCGCAGAAGAAAAUUGUCGUACUAAUGGUGGAGAACGAAGACUUGAAAGGGAAGAUGAAGAGGACAGAGGAGAGGUCGACGGAGAUCCAACGUGAACUGGAAGACUCGAAGAAGGAGAUAGAGCAACUGCAACAGGAGAAUGAAAAAUUACAGGCCAGGACGAACGAAUUAGAACGAAUUAGAUGCAAACGAGAAACCACGAAUGUCGAGAGGGAAAACGAGAGCAUGAAACGAUCACGAGAAACUGCGGAGAAAAUGAACGUGGAAUUGCAACAGCUGAAGGUGAAUUUAGCAAUUUCCAAGGAGAGCCUCGACAACGCGAAUCGCGAGAUCGCCGAUCUGAAAGUUAAACUAGACUGUAUCUCUGGGGAGAAAACGAAGCUACAAACGGACGUCUUUCACUUGGAGUCGAAGAAGGAGAUGCUCGUGUUUCAACUGGACACCGAGAAGGCUACUGCCGAGGGGAGGCUGAGAGAUAUCACGAAGUUACAAUCGGAUUAUAACGAAUUAGACGUCAAAAUGGCUAACUUGAAAAAGGAAAAGGAACAUUUGAACACGCACUUGACGAGUCUGAGGAUCGAAAAGGAUGUCCUAGAGAAAUCCCUGAAACACGUUCACGACAAGUGUUCCAUACUCGAGGAUGAGAUUGAUAGAUACAAGGCUGAGCGCGAGGGCCUAAUCGAAGAGGUCAGAAACUUCAGAACGAGCAACGAAAAUUUAAGCGACAAAUUGGAAAAAAUACAAACGGAUUUAGAUGGUGCAGGGGAUAAGAUAAAGCGACAAGAACUCGAAAAUUCGAGGUUGCAUGACGAUUUGAACCGAUUGACUUUGAAGAAUGCUGGCUUGGAAGGCCGCUUACAAGCGCUCCUGGUGGAGAAGAGCGAACUGACGACACGUAUUAACGAGCUAAACGAAGAGACCGUUGCGCUGAAAGAUCAGUUGGACGAAGUUAAAAAGGCGAGGGAAUGCUCCAACGUCGAGUUGUCUAAAUUAAAAAUAGAAUAUAACAAAUCGACAUCAGAAAACAAAAAUCUACGUAGCCAGCUCGACGAGGUGAAACAAAGUAACGGGACGCUGAAAGAAGCUAACGAGGAUCUAAAGCUAAGAGCAAAUGAGAUCCACAGCGAGUGCAGAAUACUAGGGAACCAACUGAAGAUCUUGGAGGGAAUGAACGCUAUAUUGAAGAAGGAGAAAAAAUUAUUGGAACAGGAAUACAUGAACAGUCUACGAUCGAAGGUAUCGAAGAUAGAGAAGAAUGGAACCGUGGCAUACAACGAAUCCAAUUUUUCCAACGAACAAACGGAAACGAAACAGACGAAGUCUGGAAAACGCGCGAGUGACAAAGCGAAGGCAGCGGAGGCGAAAGAGGGCCUCAAGAAACUAAUGGUGGAGAACGAAUCGCUGAGAUUCGAGAUACUAAACUUGAGAAGUCAGAACUUCGAGGUCAAGAUGCAAUUGACUCGCAUGAAAGAUGAGCUUCAGAGGCAGAAGGACGAGUUGGAGAAGAGGAUAAGCGAAACAGCGAUUAAACCUAUCUCGAACAAGCUAGAGAUCGUGAAUCUAUAUUACAAAGAGAUCAACAGCUAUUCCGGCCAUGGUCUCGGUAAUAUGAGCGCAGUGACACGUUUUGGGCAGUCGAGUGUAUGUCCUUACGACGAUGCAACGACGGAACAGGAGAAUGUGACAGAGAUCGAGAAUCUGUUGGAAAUCAUGAACAAACUAAAAGUGGAGAACGUUGCCCUGAAAAUGGAGGUGAACUCUCUGAGGUGCAACUUGGUUGUUAAUUUCACGGAAGACGAGAAGCGAAGGAACGAGAUACGAAUCGCGGCGGAGGAGAUUCAAGCAUUGAAAGCGGAAUUGACGAAACUGAGGGACGAAAAAGAGUCUUUACGGGUUCGACUGGAUACAUCUGGAACGAAAUUGGAUUGGCUAGAAUCUGAGAAGGCUGCUUUGAAGGAUGAGCUGUAUAGCUUGAGAAAAAUCAAUGCGGACCUCAAACACAAAGCAAGCGAAUUUCGAAACGAUUAUCAAAAGUUGAAAGAGAAGAGCGUAGGAUUCGAGGGCUGCAUCGUGCGGGCGAUAAAAAAGAUAAAGAAAUAUACGAUGAACGCUGACAAUCAAGCCAGCCCUGACGACGAACUCAAGGUGCUUUUGAAGAAAUACAUCUCGAAUGAAGAAAUUUUAUAUUCGAUCGAACAGAGAAUAAAUAUAGAUGAGACGUGA